AUGCAGAUCUUUGUAAAGACCUGUACGGGCAAGCGCCCGCCGCUCGAAGUGGAGGCAACCGACACAGUCGCCACCGUGAAGGGGCAGAUCUGCAGCAAGGAGGGAAUCCCACCGGAGCAGCACAUCCUGUCCUUUGCCGGAACAGUGCUCUCGGACAGCAACGUCCUGACGACGUACGGUAUCAAAGCUCAGGACACUCUGGAACUCAUGGCACCCGAGCCACGACCCGUGUCAGUGAUCCUGCAGCGGAUCAGUGGAGAGACCUGGAAGCUUGAGGCAACCUCCGCCGACACAACGGAGCACUUGAAGAGGCGCAUCUUUGAAUCCUUUGACAUCCCGGAGGAAGAGCAGCAGCUUUGCUUCCACAGCCAGCGCCUCCAAAAUGGACAGAAACCCUUUGAGUUUCUCUCAGAACCCGAGCAAAUGAUCACCCUGGUAAAGGUUCCGCGUCAGAUGACUCUUUGCGUGCAGUUUCUGAGUGGCGGCAAGCACGACAUGUGCGUAAACUGCAUCGACACCGUUGGGCAGCUGAAAGAGAAGAUACAGGACGCGCAUGGCGUCCCUGCAGACCAGCAAGUGUUGGUGUAUGCCGGGCAGCAGCUGAAGGAUGAGUACAAAGCCUUGGGCGACUGCAAUAUCCAGGGCAACAUCUUCUGCGUUGUGCGGAAUCGAAAGCAGGGCCCGACCUUCACCGUCACGGUCAAGGUCCUCAGUGGUCAGAGCUUUGAUCUGUCCGUUGCUGCGACGGACACGAUUCAAGAGGUAAAGGCCCAGAUCGAGAAGUGUGCCACCAUUCCAGCAGAAAAGCAGCGGCUGGUUUUUGCAGGCAAGCUGCUGUGCGACACAGCCACUGUUUCGGAGAGCCGCAUCGAAGAUGGGAAUACACUCCACCUCGUGGUGCGCCUCACAGUGCAGGGGGAGGCAGGCUCCACCAUGGAGUCUCAGGGCACAGUGUGCAAUCUCCGGGGCACCUGCGAUAGCCCCGGUGCGUGCGGCCUCCUGAACCUCGGGAACACGUCUCCGGGCCGCAUCGAAGAACUCCGUGGUCGGUCGGUGUUUCAGGAUCCUUUUACCAUGCAGCUGCGUGCCUGGUUGUAUCGAAGGGCGGCUUGCGGGUGCUACCUGAACUCCACCUUGCAAGCACUGUCCAACACCGUGGCAUUGCGCCGGUACUACGAGGCGGGCCACUACAAGGCGGACAUCAGCUGCACGCCUGACAGCAUGGGAGGACGUUUGGCAGAUGGAUUCGCCAAUCUGCUGCGCUCCAUUUGGGGCAACGAGUUUCGGAUCGUCAAGCCGCAUGAGGUUCGCAAUUUGAUCUCCGAGAAAUGGAGCCAGUUCGCUGGAUACAGGCAGCAUGAUGCUCAGGAGCUCCUGAUGUUUCUCCUCGACGGUCUGCACGAAGAUGUGAAGCGCAGCCCGUCGCCCUGCCCCCGCGGGUCGGAAUCUGCCUCCUCCCAGUGCGAUGCGUCCGACGCCCAGGAUGCGGGCAACUGCCAGACAGACUCGAAGAUCAAGGACAUCUUUCACUUCCAGGUGCGCUCCACCACCACUUUCUGCGAUGUGGGAAUGCGCUCUGAGAAGUUUGAGCCCAUGGUUUACCUCACCUUGCCCAUCCCUGGGCCGGAAGACACUGCCCCGGCCGAGCGAUCGUUGGAAGACUGUUUGCACUCCUUCUCAAAGCAGGAAGAGCUUUGCCAAGACGACUGGGUUUGGUGCGACCAGACGCAGCAGCGCGAACGGUCCCUGAAGAAAAUUGAGCUUUGGACGGCGCCGGAGUGCUUGAUCAUCCACUUGAAGCGGUUUGUCGCCGACUCUUCCAGCAUUGACAAGGAUGGAAGCUUUGUUCGCUUCCCCUUCGAGCUGGACCUUUCGCAAUGGCUCGCGGGACCUCCAACCGAAGAAGGAGAGCAAUACAAACUCUAUGCCGUUGUGAACCACUCUGGUAGCCUCUCCUACGGCCAUUACACUGCCUACUGCAAAGUGGGCGAGGGUUCUGACAAGAAGUGGUAUCUCUUCAAUGAUGCUCGUGUGACACAGGCCAGUGAGUCUGACGUAGUGUCACCAGAGGCAUAUCUCCUCUUUUAUGAACGCUUCUAA